AUGCGGCCAACACGUCCUCCUUUCAUCGAACAUGACGAGACUUCCCUGGAGCGGCGUCUAGCUAUGAACGACCUUUCUAGGCUGUUGGGGGACCGCAGGACGUUUACGAAGGCAUUCGCCUUGAAGAGGGCGCGCGAUCACCACAGUCCUCUGUUGGAUGCUCUGGAGGACCAUUUCAGUGCCAGCGAUCUGCACGGCAAACUCUGGACUAUUGAAGAAGUAGCAGACGCCUUGAUCAGAGGACCACAUCAUGAGUCAAUUGUGCUCUAUCAACAUAUCGAGACCUGGCUCAUCAAACACUCCCAAGGCUGGCUGGAUGACCUGCUCGCACAAACCGUCAGCAAUAUGCGCGACGCGGUCGACGACACAUUAGCUCCCCAUAUCGACAGCGUUGAAGGGUUUCAGGGUGCCCUCGACAAAUUAGAGGAGGAACUUCGUACAAUUAUCGCCUCGCAGGUCACAGAUUCAAACCGGCUACGCGUUCAGGUUGACGCGAUGCAACAUGCAGUCGAUACGGCGUUCUCGAAGCAAGAUUCCCCCGAAUCGUCGAAUACCGGCGUAACUCCAACUUCUUCGGGUUGCAUGUCUUGCCUGCAGCUCUCGGGCGAUAUUGAGGCGCUGAGGAAGGAGUUGGACAGUUUGAAGAAAUCCAUACGGAACCUGCAGAAUCCGCCGAGUAAGCCUUCAUUGAUGGAAUGUGCGGAUCCUGAACCUGAUGUGUAUGCUGGUCCAGAUGAUGAUGUGGACGUUUGGGUGCCCUCGAAUGGGCUUGAAGAGAAUCAGGGUGAUACUGUCCCCUCACGUUCGCUUGUCGGAAGGAGCCUGGAUCUCGGGACGCUCAACCCUGGCUAUAUCCGGCAGGAGCACGACUCCUCGAGCAAAAAUGCCACCGUAUACCCUGCAGCCUUUCCCAGAGUCGAAGCGAGUCUGGAAGAUGAACCCAUCAACGCAACCGGUGACUCUUGGCAAACCGAGUUAACCAGGUACGAGCGCGGAAUGAUAGGCCAGUCUUACCUCAUUGUAACCGAGAAAGUGCACGCUCAUAGAACUUAG